UUUUUGAAAAUAUAACACCUUAUCCUCUUCACUCCAAAGAACAUCAAACGUCCAUUAACUGUCACACUGUCUUUCCUCCACCGUGAAAACAUUCACUCACCGGUAAUGAAUUAUCAGAGCUUAAUAACAGGAAGUCAUACAUUUCCUUUUUCUCCAUCUCUCCCAAUUCGCUGUACAAUCAUCAAUGUAACCAAUUACAACCAUUUUCCCUUACACACUCGGCGCUUCACAUUGCAUCAUCGUCUCUCUAAAACCCCCAACUUUCAGGUAGUUCGCUGUUCAAUGCGAGAAAACAGAAUAUUGGAACCAGAUGAUGCAGCAUUGUUGAUUUCGACGUGCAUUACUCGCACUUUAUCUCCAGCAUUGACUUUAGAACAAGGAUUGGAAAAGAUUAAGGAAGCUGUCAAGGAGCUGAAGGCCAAGCCUCCUUGUUGUUCUAGUGGGAUGUUUCGGUUCCAGGUUGCUGUUCCUCCCAGUGCAAAAUCUUUGAAUUGGUUUUGCUGUCAACCCGAGUCAUCAGGGGUAUUUCCGCAAUUUUUCCUUUCCAAGGAGAGAGAAAACCCAUCAGGUAAGUCAGUUGUAUUGGGUCAUACUCGCGGGACCUUCGGAAUUGGCGCAGCAAUCAACUUGAAGGGCUUUUCUGCCACUAAAAGAUAUGGUGAAUCUGGAAGAUGUGCUGUUGAAUCAACACCAGUGGUGGCUUACGGAUUUUUGGACUUAAGUUUUGAUGCAAUAUCGUCUUCCAUGAAGCAAGAAGCUGGGUCAUUCUACUUCUUCGUUCCACAGAUUGAAAUAGUGGAGUUCGAAGGUGCUUCUAUCUUAUCUACAACGGUGGCAUGGAACGACUCUUGUAUAUGUACCUUCGAGGAGGCUCUUCAAGAAUGUGAGUUGUCACUUUUGCAGGCUGAAGGUAGCUUUAGUUCUGUAGAAGAUGGAUGCUGCAGCAAUCGCAUUGGUGUGUCUCUUAAAAAGGUCCAUAUAAAGGAGGGACAAGCUCAAAUGGUAUAUGCGAAUCUUCACAAACUGUUUGGAAAACACGUUGGGCCUGGUGCUGUGGAACUGAAAGAUGCCUCAUGCUAUUCUAGCCAGUUCGUCGCAAGACUAUCACCUUCUGUUGCAAUUUCGAAUAAUAUGCAUCAACACAAUGAUAACACACAAUUUACUUGCCACUUGAAAGAUUGGGCAAACAUCAAUAACCUGUGGGCAUCGCUAAUAAUUGAGGAAUGCACUCGACUUGGUCUGACGUAUUUUUGUGUAGCUCCAGGAUCACGGUCAUCUCCUCUUGCUCUUGCUGCUUCUACUCAUCCUACUACAAGUUGUAUUGCAUGCAUCGAUGAGCGCUCACUUGCAUUUCAUGCCGUUGGUUAUGCUAAAGGUUCUCAUAAACCUGCUGUUAUCAUCACAUCAUCAGGCACAGCAGUUUCAAAUCUUCACCCUGCUGUCGUGGAAGCCAGUCAAGAAUUUGUUCCGCUGCUGUUACUUACAGCAGACCGUCCUCCAGAGCUGCAAGAUGUUGGAGCAAACCAAGCCAUCAAUCAGUUCAAUCAUUUCGGUCCAUUUGUGAGGCACUUCCUCUGUCUUCCUGCGCCCACUGAUGAUAUUUCUGCAAGAAUGGUGCUUACCUCCAUUGACUCUGCUGUUCAUAUUGCAACUUCUUCACCAAGUGGUCCAGUUCAUAUCAACUGCCCUUUUCGAGAACCACUGGAAAAUAGUCCAAGAACGUGGAACCCUAUUUGUUUAAGAGGGUUAGACUCUUGGAUGUCAACUAGUGUACCUUUUACCAGCUAUAUCCGAGUUCAACAUUCUUAUAGAUACAAUUACAGUACCUUUAUGGAUGAAGCUCUGGAAGUGAUAAAAAAGGCAAAUAGAGGCCUUUUAUUGCUUGGCGCUAUACACCAGGAGGAUGACAUAUGGGCUGCUCUUCUUCUUGCUAAACACCUUUCAUGGCCCGUUGUCGUGGACAUUCUGUCAGGUCUCCGAUUGAGGAAAUAUUUUGUUCCAUUUCCUGAAUUUGAAGAUAGAAUUCUUUUUAUCGAUCAUCUAGAUCAUAUGCUGCUUUCAGACUCCAUCAAGGAUUGGAUGAAGGCAGAUGUGAUAAUCCAGAUUGGAAGUCGCAUAACAAGCAAGCGUGUGGCUGAACUGCUAGAGAACUGCUUUCCAUGUUCAUACAUAAUGGUUGACAAUCACCCAAGUCGUCAUGAUCCUUCACAUAUUGUGACGCAUAGGAUCCAUUGUGCGGUUCCUCAAUUUGCAGAUUAUUUAAUUACAGCUUGUACUCCACAUGCUAGCAGCAAAUGGGAAUGUUUUUUACAAGCAUUGAACAGAGUGGCUGCACGGGAUAUCUCAUUUCUAAUCAAUUCUGAGUACUCCUUGACUGAGCCUUGUGUUGCACAAAUGACUCUGGAAGCUAUUCACUGCGAGUCUGCUGUAUUUUUGGGUAACAGCAUGCCAAUACGUGAUGCAGACAUGUAUGCAUGUAACUCUAACUGGGUAGAGCGUACCCAUGAUGCAGCCAUAUUCAGCUCAGAAUUACAAUUCCACUGGGUUCGGGUUGCCGCUAAUAGAGGGGCUAGUGGUAUUGAUGGUCUGCUUAGCACAGCUGUUGGUUUUGCAGUUGGAUGCAACAAAAGAGUACUUUGUGUAGUUGGAGAUGUUUCUUUUCUGCAUGACACAAAUGGGCUGUCCCUCUUGAGAAAGCAGAUGUCCCGGAAGCCCAUGACUAUAGUUGUUAUUAACAACCGCGGUGGCGCCAUAUUCAGUCUUCUUCCUCUUGCGAAUAUGACUGCAAGAAGCAUUUUAGACCAGUAUUUCUACACAUCUCAUAAUGUUUCAAUUCGCAACCUAUGCAUGGCACACGGUGUAAAGCAUUUGAAAGUACAACGCAAAAUGGAACUACAAGAUGCUCUGUUAGCAUCUCAAAUGGACAAGGAAGAUUUUGUCAUAGAGGUUGAUAGCACCAUUGAUGCCAAUGCUGCCUUUCAUAGUAUGUUGACAAAAGUUUCACAGCAAGGAGUGGAUCAUGCUUUCAACAGCCUUUCAAAACUUACUGUUUUGAAUUCCAUGAAUGAUGGGUUAAUACCCAGCAAAGUUCGUAAAAUGCAGUACUCAAAAUAUAGAAUUCAGCUGUCCUCUCCUCCUACUUCAUCUUCUGCCAGUCACAUAUCCACCUACCACCGAGAAGGCUUCAUUAUAAGUUUGUAUCUUGAAGAUGGUAACACUGGUUAUGGAGAGGUUGCGCCUCUUGAGAUCCACAAAGAAAACCUACUUGAUGUUGAAGAGCAGCUUCAGUUCCUUAUUCAUGUUGUAGAAGGUGUUACUAUUGACCACUGCCUUCCUUUGCUGAAGGGUUCAUUUUCUCGUUGGUUGUGGCACAGCCUAGGUAUUCAGCCCAAUUCAAUCUUCCCAAGUGUGAGAUUUGGCCUGGAGAUGGCUGUCCUCAAUGCUAUUGCAGCUAGAGAAGGUUCAAGCCUGUUGAAUGUACUACGUGGACAAACAGAAGAAUCAACUGGGAGUCCUUUAGAUGUCAAAGUUUGUGCACUACUUGAGUCUAAUGGUGGUCCCAAUGAAAUGGCUCUUGUUGCAACAACACUUGUCAAAGAAGGAUUUACUGCUAUAAAGCUAAAGGUAGCACGUCAAGCAGAUCCCACUGUGGACAUUGAAAUUAUAAAGGAGGUAAGAAAGAAAGUUGGUUGGGAGAUUGAGCUGCGUGCUGAUGCAAAUCGAAAUUGGAACUAUGACGAAGCUGUUAAAUUUGGCCUUUCUGUAAAAGAUAGUGGCCUGCAGUAUAUUGAGGAGCCUGUUAAUGAUGAAGAUGAUAUAAUCAAGUUCUGCGAGGAGACUGGCUUGCCAGUAGCUCUGGAUGAAACUAUCAACAGUAUAAGAAAGAAUCACCUUAAAGUGCUUGCAAAGUACACUCACCCAAUGAUAGUUGCUUUUGUUAUCAAACCAAGCAUCAUUGGGGGUUUCGAAAAUGCAGCGUUGCUUGCGCGAUGGGCUCACCAGCAGGGAAAGAUGGCUGUUAUCAGUGCCACAUUUGAAAGUUCUUUGGGGUUGUCAGCUCUGAUUCUUUUCUCACGGUAUGUUGACCUGCUGAAGGUCGAUACAGGUAGAUUGCUUAACAAGGAAGAGAGCUCUCGCAUAGCCCAUGGUCUUGGAACUUAUCAAUGGCUUAGGGAAGAUGUUAGCAGAAAGCCUUUAACGAUUGGCUUUAAUCCUUGCAAUGGUGUUGUGGAGGCAUCUGUUACUGAUGCUGGACAGAUCCUGCAGCAUUUUCAGUUCAACCAAGAUUCAAUUGUUUGUGAUUGUACUUCCGGAGAAGUUCAUACAUAUGAAUAUGUAGCUGAUCUUGAGGGCAUCUCUAUCUGUCUUAAUGUGCAAGAAAUUGGAAAGAACGAUGAUAGUAGUGUAGUCGUGUUUCUUCAUGGCUUCCUUGGAACUGGAGGAGAUUGGAUCUCUAUUAUGAAGGCUAUCUCAGGCUCAGCUAGAUGCAUUGCAGUGGACCUACCUGGACAUGGAAGAUCAAAGUUUCUCGGCCAGGAUUCUGGUUCAGAGGAACCAGAGUUGUCAAUUAUGGCCCUUGCAAAUAUAUUGCAGCAGUUGCUUGACGGUCUACAGUGUCAAAAAGUUUUUCUUGUUGGAUAUUCUAUGGGAGCAAGGAUUUCACUCUACAUGGCCCUAAGAUACAACGAUAAGGUUGCUGGAGCUGUCAUAAUAUCUGGAAGUCCUGGCUUGAUAGAUGAAGAUGCGAGAAAAGUCCGUAGGGCCAAGGAUGAUUUUGCAGCCUGCUCUCUUGCUUCUUCUGGCUUAGAGCCUUUUUUAGAUGCUUGGUAUUCCGUAGAUCUCUGGAAUAGUUUAAGAAUUCAUCCACAUUUCAAUAAUAUUCUUGCGAGCCGAUUGCAGCAUUGUGAUCUGAAAAAUCUCGGGAGAGUAUUAUCAGAUCUGAGUGUUGGGAGACAGCCGCCAUUAUGGGAAGAUCUGAAGAGCUGCAGGGUACCUCUUCAGUUGAUUGUUGGAGAGAAAGAUGUUAAAUUUAAGAACAUUGCUCAAAAGAUGCACGACACAAUGUGCCAGAGCACGGAGACUAUGAACGUUCCAGAAAUAGUUGAAAUUCCAUAUUCUGGUCAUGCUGCACAUAUUGAGAAUCCUCUCCUUGUGAUCAGUGCAAUAAGCCAGUUUAUCAAAGAAGUUGAGUUCAAAAAUCAUAGUUAUUAAUCACUCACUUGAAAGAAGAAACAUACAAGUUUAGAUCAUAGUAAUGAAUCAAUCACUGCUGUAUGGACAGAGAGUCAUGCUAUUGAAUGUUUAGAUCAGCAUACAAGUUCCUUAAACUUUGUUCGGUCUUACAUUCAAAAUGCGAGUUCCUCAAACAACUGGUUUCAAUAUUACAUUCUACCGUGCAAUACAAAUUUAAAGCUGCUAA